UGAAGGCACGCAAACCGGGUGUGCCCGGGCUGUGAGUUGGUUCUGCUGGUUGAUUCUUUAUUCUAUGGGCAUAUGUGUGUAUGUGCACGCAUCCUUGAAAGAGGUGAGCAUUGCUUUCGUUGCUCGCUGAAUGCCCAGUCCGGAGUGAAAAUUAGACGCGUGUCAUAUGGAUGCGGUGCCGUCUGCUAGUGCGCAAGGCUCUUCGGCUGGUGACAAUGGGGCAUCUACAUCGACUGGAGCCAACAACUCCCGAGUAUUUGUAGGUGUUGCUGGAGCUCGACCUGUAGGGGGGCCACGGAACACGGAGGCAGGGAACGCCGAGGCCAAAGCCAGACAUGAUGAGGUCAUGCAGAGAAAGCGGCCGGACAACGCUGAGUUGCGGGCUGGUGAGGUUGAAGCGAAGCGGCAACGACGGGCUGCGGAACUUCGGGCCAAGAAAGCGGAGGCAAUGCGGAGAAAGAGGCGGGAGAAUGCUGACUUUCGGGCUCGUGAGGCUGAAGUGAAGCGGCAACGACGGGCUGCGGACCCGGAACUUCGGGCCAGGGAAGCGGAGGCGUUGCGGAGAAGGCGACGGGAGAAUGCCGAGUUGCGGGCUCGUGACGUUGAAGCGAACCGGCAACGACGGGCUGCGGACCCGGAACUUCGGGCCAGGGAAGCGGAGGCAAUGCGGAGAAAGAGGCGGGAGAAAGCCGAGUUGCGGGCUCGUGAGGUUGGAGCGAACCGACCGCGACGGGCCACGGACCCGGAAUUUCGGGCCAGGAGAGCGGAGGCAAUUCGGAGAAAGAGGCGGGAGGAUGCUGAGUGGCGGGCUCGUGAGGCUGAAAAGAAGCGGCUACGACGGGCUGCGGACCCGGAACUUCGGGCCAAGGAAGCGGAGGCAAUUCGGAGAAAGCGGCGGGAGAAUCCUGAGUUGCGGGCUCGUGAAGCUGAAGCGAACCGGCAACGACGGGCGGCGGACCCGGAACUUCGGGCCAGGAGUGCGGAGGCAAAGCGGAGAAAAAGGCGCGAGGAGGCUGAAUUGCGAGCUCGUGAGCUCGAAUCUACAAUGGAUCACAUCCAUGACGUCAAUCAGGCUGUAGACGAUGCUCACAGUACACAGCACACCUGCACGAGAACCAAGCUGACGAGUGCAAUCCGACAGAGGAAACCACGGCGAGACUGUCACAAUAAAUAUGUUGGUGAGGAUGACCCCCUGCCUCGGGAAGCCCAUCAGUCUUGUCAGACGGAGCACCACAUCACUCUAGUGUGGUGCGCAAGACCAAAUGUUUCAACUUGCAGCACUGGAGUGCAGGUGGAACCCUGGGAACAGCAGCAUUGAUGGAAGUGCACAAGAAGGAAAUGAAAGUUCCUGUACUGCUCAGGCAGCAUGAAGCAGCUUCGCAAGAUGGUAGCCGCUGUCCUGGAGUCGCCCUGGGCAAACUUGCUCGUGACUAAACCAUCAAAGAUGCUUUGAUGAAACACAUCCUAAGGGAUCGGGUCUCCUUUAUCAGUUCAACUGCCAUGCUGCUGUUGGACUUGUGAAUCGAGAAGCCUACGUCAUAAGCAGUAUUAACACAUCUGGGCUGACAUGCUCAAGGGUCACAAGCCAUUCUCAUUUUCCAUUAAAGCUAAAAGUACCUGAUU